AUGGCUGGAUUCAGUUUAGAAGAGUCGGCACCGAAAAUUCUCGGAGUUUCGAUCGCCGUCAUCGCAGCAAUUUACGUCAUCUAUCCACCAGGACUGCUUCUUAUUCCACUAUCCCUUUUUAUCUUCGCUUACACCACAAAAAACGAGAAAUGCUCAAGUACAGAUGUUGAGACAUUUUUCUCGGGAUUCAAAAUCGGUGGACAUCGUGGAGCUCCAAAGAGUUUCCCGGAGAACAGUAUGGCCGGAUUCGCACAAGCCAAAGCUGACGGAGCUGAUCUCAUAGAGUUCGACGUAGCAUUGACGAAAGACGGAAAAGCUGUGUUGAUGCAUGACGAUGAUUUGGAUAGAACUACAGAUAUGACUGGACCAAUUAGGAAUAAGACUCGUGCUGAACUCGAUCGCUGCAACAUUUCAGCCACUUUCAUUAGAACUGCUCCAGGAGAUCAAAGCCGUCUGGCUUCUGUAGCACGUGAAAGAGUCCCUGACAUGGAAGAUGUUGUUAGAUGGGCAGUGGAGAAUAAUACUCGAAUGCUGUUUGACGUUAAGGAUUCGGAUAACGAGCUCGUUGAUCAGAUUUCGAAUCUCUUCUCGAAAUACAAUCUCUACGACAAAGCGAUCGUUUGUAGCUUCUUCCCAUGGGUCGUUUACCGUAUCAAGAGAGGAGAUCAAAAGAUUCUUACUGGACUGACAUGGCGUCUGAAGUUCUGGUCAUACCACGACAUCGAGAAUAUUCGGCCUAGAUAUUUUGGGUUCAAGCAAAUGCUCUUUGAAAUUAUCGAUGUAGCUCACGUUUGGUUGCUGAAAAGAGUCACUCCGUGGUAUCUCGGAGCUGAUCUUCUUCUAACGAACAAUUUGGAUAUUUCACAAGCGCUGAUAUUGGACCAAAAAAGACGCGGUAUGCGUGUGGCCGUGUGGACAGUCAAUGAUAUGGCCGAAAUGCACUGGAUGCUGAAGACACUUCAUAUUCCGAUCCUCACUGACUAUCCAGAGUUGACAAAACAAGCAGCACACUUGGAGGAAUUACAAAAGAUAGACUACAUGCCAAUGCACAAGUCUCACUCUGAUUUGUAG